AUGGCUAUAGCUCUCCAAUAAGAUUUACUCUUUUCGAAUUGGUUCUAUUUAAAUCCAAAAACUAUAGAUUUUGAAAUAGAUUCUGUAUUAUGGCGAAAUCAGGUUGAGGAAAAGUAUUUUAAUUUCAAAUUAGAGAACAUCAAUGACUUAGAUACUAAAGAAAGACUAAAAGAUGUGGAGUAUUAUAAUAAUAAAGGUUCAUAAUUCACCAUGAAAUAAUAUAAAUUGUCACUAAAUAAAAAGGUUAAAUUGCUUGCUGAUAAAUAAUUGUAGUCACAAUAAAUUGAUCAUAGCACAAAUGACUUUAGCAUGUUAUCAAAUAACCCAAUUGAUAAAAGUGAUAUCAAAGAUAACUAAACUGAAGAAACAUUUAAAGGAAGAUUAUUACUCAAAGAAAUAGCGAUGUUUUCUUAUGCUUAAUAGCCAUAAACAUUACCAAUACUAUUUAUGUUCACAAUUUUGAAACUAUCUAUACCCUUUCUUCUCAGAUUAAAGGAUUAUGGAACAAUUCUAGGAUUUGAUAAUUGGGAUAAUCUUCUUUGCACUCUUGGCUAAUUCUCAGAUUAUGCCUAUUGGAUUAUGGUAGGAAAUUUUUGA